AUGGCAGGUUGGAAUCACACAGGUGUGAAGGAAUUCCUUUUCGUGGGAUUAACAGAAAAUCUUCAUUUGCAGAUCCCUCUCUUUUUCAUCUUUGCUUUCAUUUAUUUCAUCACUCUGCUAGGCAACGGGGGGAUGAUUGUUUUAAUUAGGUUACAUACCCGACUCCACACGCCAAUGUACUUCUUCCUUAGCAACCUCUCUUUCUGUGAUAUCUGCUACUCUACCGCCAUUGCUCCUAAGAUGCUGGUAAAUUUCUUAUCAGAACAUAAAUCCAGCACAUUUUCUGGUUGUGUGCUGCAGAGUUUCUUUUUCGCAGUGUAUGUAACCACAGAAGUCAUCCUCCUGUCUAUGAUGGCUUAUGACCGCUUUGUGGCAAUAGCUAAUCCCCUAUUGUAUACAAUCAUCAUGACUCAAAGGCUGUGCAUUAACAUGGUCCUUAUCUCUUACUUAGGUGGACUCAUUAAUUCCUUGACUCACACAAUUGGUUUGCUCAAACUAGACUUCUGUGGUCCUAACAUUGUGAACCAUUAUUUCUGUGACAUUCCCCCGCUUUUAAAACUUUCUUGCUCUGAUGCCCACACCAAUGAGAUGCUGCUUUUGAUCUUCUCUGGCUUCAUUGUAAUGUUGACUUUUAUUAUAAUUAUUGUCUCCUAUGUCUGCAUCAUCAUUGCUAUCCAGAGAAUCCGCUCAACUGAGGGAAGGCGCAAAGCCUUCUCCACUUGUGUCUCUCAUCUGACUGCUGUCAUCUUAUUCUAUGGGUCUCUGACCUUUAGUUAUAUCCAACCCAGCUCCCAAUAUUCCCUGGAACAGGAGAAGGUUUCAUCUGUGUUUUAUACAUUGGUGAUCCCCAUGCUGAACCCACUGAUUUAUAGUCUUAGGAAUAAAGAUGUAAAAGAUGCUGCUAAAAGGGUAAUGCAAAUUAAAACAACUAUGAAAUACCAUCUAAGACCCUCAAAUAUAGCCCAAUGCAAAAAACUCAGAAAGUAA